CUCCUUCGUCUUCUUCUUCUUCAUUAAAAAUAGCCACAACUUCACUCACAAAAAAAAAAAAAAGGCUUCCUCCAUUCACCACCAAGCCGACUUCCUCAGGCUUCUGGCGGAUCAUAUACACACACAACACCGCCCCACACACAGUUUUGUUGCUCAGAAUAUUUUGUUUUACAUUUUCACACAGUUUUGCAGUAUUUUUAAUUGCUAUAUAAAAUACAGUAAGCAGGGUGCAACAAUAAUACUUCCAAAGAUUAAAUUUUUAGCGAAUGAUUCCAACACCUGGCAAGUUUACGCAACGUUUCGUGGUUUCAUUACAGGUGUUGGAUUGGAAUUUUUGAAUCCUCGUCAUCAUCUCCCACAAAAUAGUUUUUAUUACAGUUUCCUAGGAAUUGAGUUUUCCAAUCCCAAGUUAGUAUACAACGAGAAAAAUCUGGGGGUGUUGUUUCUAUUUUUAGUUUGGGUUUCUUUUUCAAGUUCAAAUCCUAAAACCCAUAUCAUAAAUCUCAAGAUUCUUGAUUGAUCCCACUAGUGCGGGGUUUUUUUUUGUUUGCUUGUAGAGGAAAAAAGAAUUGGGUUUGUCUCAGUUUUGAUUUUUGGAUGAUCUUUUGGCUCCACUGCUGCACCUUUUCAGUUUUCUGGAAAGGGACCCGUUAGGAAUAAUCAUCGGAAUUAGUCACCAUCAUCAGAUAGAGAAGGAUUAAGAGGGUUGUGGGGUGGCUUUCAAGAUUGAAUAAUUUUUGGUUUUGGAGGAUUAGAAGAGAAGUUUUCAGAUUGGGCUAUUUGGUUUAUGCUUCAAAGGCAUGUUUCCUCAAUUCCUUUUAGAGGUGUAAGUGUUUUCUGGGGUGAGUAAUUCACUAGAAAACUGUAGAUAUAUACUCAGAAGAUCCAUUUUUGGAUAGUAAACUAAGUAGUUGAAAAUGGUGAGCGGAAAUUUAUUCCAUUGUAGAAGAAAUUCAUGGCCUCCAGAGGAAUACAUCAAUCGAGCAACUUUGCAACUGUUGGAUUUUGACAGUGCAAACCCACCAGCACAAGCUUGGAGGAGGAAAUUGGACUCCCAUGCUAGUAUUCUUAAAGAAUUCAGCAUUACAUUUAUGGAAGCAAUAAAAAUGAUUAGGCUCGGUAUACGACUUUGGUCGUACGUAAGGGAAGAAGCAUCACAUGGAAGGAAAGCUCCUAUUGAUCCUUUUACUCGUGAAAGUUGCAAGCCUUCGGCAUCACAUGGUGUUCCACUUGGAGGAAUGGGAAGUGGAAGCAUAUCUAGAGGUUUUCGAGGUGAAUUCAGACAGUUUCAACUCCUCCCUGGCGCAUGUGAGGCUUCUCCCAUUAUGGCAAAUCAGUUCUCAAUUUUCAUAUCUCGAGACGGAGGAAGCAAAAACUAUGCAUCUGUCCUAGCCCCAGGCCAACAUGAAGGUUUAGGGAAGUCUGGUGACCAAGGUAUAUCUUCUUGGGGAUGGAACUUGGAUGGCCAACAUUCUACAUAUCAUGCGCUAUUUCCACGGGCAUGGACGAUUUAUGAUGGUGAGCCUGACCCGGAACUGAAAAUCUCGUGUCGACAGAUAUCGCCUUUUAUUCCUCACAACUAUCGAGAGAGCAGUCUUCCUACAGCUGUUUUUGUGUACACUUUGGUUAACACUGGGAAGGAAAGGGCAAAGGUCAGCCUUCUUUUCACGUGGGCGAACUCAAUUGGAGGUGUAUCCCAUAUGUCAGGCGGUCAUGUAAAUGAACCAUUCAUAGGCGAAGAUGGUGUCUCCGGAGUUCUCCUGCAUCACAAGACUGCAAAAAAUAAUCCCCCAGUUACUUUUGCCAUAGCUGCAUCUGAAACACAGAAUGUAAGUGUGUCGGUGUUGCCCUGUUUUGGCCUGACUGAGGGAAGCUCUGUGACUGCAAAAGAUAUGUGGAGUAAAAUGGUGCAGGAUGGGCACUUUGAUCAGGAGAAUUUCAUGAAGGGACCAAGCAUGCCAUCUUCACCUGGGGAGACACCCUGCGCUGCUGUUUCUGCCUCUGCUUGGGUUGAACCUCAUGGGAAGUGCACUGUUGCAUUCGCUCUUUCCUGGUCGUCACCUAAAGUUAAAUUUAUGAAAGGAAAGUCAUAUAACAGGAGGUACACGAAAUAUUAUGGUACUUCAAGGAGGGCUGCAGUUGAUUUGGUGCACGAUGCUUUAACAAAUUAUAAGCUAUGGGAAGAAGAGAUUGAAAGAUGGCAAACUCCUAUUCUCGAGGAUGAUAGGCUACCAGAAUGGUACAAGUUCACAUUAUUCAACGAGCUAUACUUUUUGGUCGCUGGUGGGACAGUAUGGAUUGAUUCUGGUCUGCCGACUGAAGACUUGCGGGAAUCUCAAAAUGAGGCUGUGCCCGUGAAGAUUAAAGGAGUGAAAGUCAGUAAGAUUAGGGACGCUGAAGGACAUGGACAGCAAACUGUUAUAAAUAAUCAUGUUGAUACAUUGUAUCUUGAUUCACAAGAUGAUGACGAAAAAGAAUCGAAGGGUCAAAAUGAGAGAGCUUCUGACAACUCAGAUGCAAAUGGUGAAUCAAGUCUUUCUGACGACUCUGACGAAAUUGAUGAAUCAACUUUUGUUAGAAGAAGAUUUGAAAGCCGUUUUACAAGUUCCUCAGGUAAACUGCUGGACAAUGACACUGAUGAUGUGGGUAGAUUUUUGUACUUGGAAGGUGUAGAAUAUAUCAUGUGGUGCACGUAUGACGUCCACUUCUAUGCAUCUUUUGCUUUGCUUGAGCUGUUCCCUAAAAUUGAACUCAGCAUUCAGCGUGAAUUUGCAAAAGCGGUUUUAUGCGAAGAUAAAAGGAAGGUGAAGUUUCUAGCCGAGGGAAACUGGGGUAUCCGGAAGGUCAAAGGAGCCGUUCCUCAUGAUCUUGGAACACAUGAUCCUUGGCAUGAAAUGAAUGCUUAUAACAUACAUGACACAAGCAAAUGGAAGGAUCUGAACCCAAAAUUUGUACUUCAGGUGUACAGAGAUUUUGCCGGCACUGGAGAUUUAUCAUUUGCCGCUGAUGUCUGGCCAGCUGUAUGUGCUGCAAUGGAAUACAUGGAGCAGUUUGAUAGGGACAAUGAUUGCCUCAUUGAGAAUGAUGGUUUUCCAGAUCAAACAUAUGAUACGUGGACUGUACAUGGGGUAAGUGCCUAUUGUGGUGGCUUGUGGGUAGCCGCACUUCAAGCUGCAGCUGCAAUGGCCAUUCAACUUGGUGAUAGACCAUUUGCUGAAAGAUGUAAAGGAAAAUUUCUCAAGGCAAGGGCCGUGUUAGAAGAGAAAUUGUGGAAUGGUUCCUACUUUAACUACGAUAGUGGAUCUAGCAGUAACAGCAAGUCCAUCCAAGCUGAUCAAUUGGCAGGACAGUGGUACACAGCAUCUUCUGGCUUGCCUAACCUUUUUGAUGAAGACAAGAUUCGUAGUGCGCUCCAAAAGGUAUUUGAUUUCAAUGUUAUGAGAAUUCGAGGAGGCCGGAUGGGUGCUGUAAACGGAAUGUAUCCAAAUGGAAAGAUUGACGAGACUUGCAUGCAAUCGCGGGAAAUUUGGACUGGAGUCACGUACGCAGCGGCUGCGAACAUGAUCCUUGCCGGAAUGGUGGAGCAGGGCUUCACCACAGCUGAAGGCAUAUUCCUUGCUGGCUGGUCAGAAGAGGGACAUGGAUAUGCUUUUCAGACACCAGAGGCUUGGACCAUCGACGGUCAUUUCCGUUCUCUUAUAUAUAUGAGACCACUUUCAAUCUGGAGCAUGCAAUGGGCGUUAUCCUCAACUAAGACAACUCUCGAUGCCCCAACGGUGAAUAUAAUGGACAGGAUCAAUGUUCCCCCUCAUAGCGCAGUAUCCUCACAUAAUGAGACUGGGGUGAAGAAGAUUGCCUCGAAGGCAAAGUGCUUUGGUAAUUCAGUCCUGCACUGUACUUGCUGACAUUUCUCCAUGGUUUAAGCAUAAAAGGAAGGUGGGUUAAUUCAUUGAUUCUUUUCUUGCUGCUUCCUUUAAACCUCCUUCAUUCAAUAGAAGAGACAUGAAUGGGGAAGGUUUUUCGGAAUUUAACAUCCAGAGUUGUUGGAGAUAACCAUGAAUUUGUUGUCGAUGUGACGUGACUAUAUCCUCAGUUCAACAGCUAAAAGGUUGAAAUGAAUCUUAUGUAGUAUAGUAUAUUGUCGUAUGUUGGUGGUUGAACCACCGGUCAAAUGAAAAGGAGACAUACCCACGGGUGAGUACUGGUGUCUCAUAAUGUUAGUCCACUGUGUUGGUAUGUUUCAACAUAGGGAUCGAUUCCUUGGUCACAGCAAACGUAUAUUUUGCUUUCAGAUUAUGCCAUUCAUCUGACUGCAUAAUUUUUGGUUUCACAGUUCCGGUUGUCUUUUCCAUAUGAAAUCUGGUCAUCCAUUUCUCCGGGAAUUUUCUUCAGUUUCUUAUGACACCUAAAGUAAAAUUCGUAUUAUUUGUUACCCUUUCUGAAAUCGAACCUCAGGAUUGCUUAUAUCGCACGUUUGCCACCAAAUAUUCUCUCGAGUGGAUCUGUAUUUAUAAAUCCGUGCCAUGAAACUAUUUUUAAGUAAUAAAACUCUUAAAAACUAUGCUAAAAUACUGGGCUUUUAGAGUUGAGAGGGAUGCAGGGGAGCAAAGCACUGAAGUAUUGUUUGAUCAUAAAAAGUUGCUAAAAUGUCUUGGUGGGCUAAAUGUUCAGCAUUUCCUGUAUUGAGCAAACUCCCGCCAGGGCUGAAAGGCAGUGAACGGAAUGAUUGGGAAAAAGACCAUUGCUACAAUUUGUUUCUUCCAGAUGCUGAUUCAUUUUGGCUUAUGAUAAGUUGAAUGAUGAAUACAAAGUAGUCGGG